AUGCGUUUCAAGAUUACAUGGGCGGCUCUUCAUGUCGCUUCAUCCUUUGGUCAUUCGGAUAUUGUUCGAAUUCUUCUGCAUGAACGAGGUGUAAUGAAACAUCGAAGAAACCGCGACGUCAUCCAUGGCGAUCAAAGAGGCAGCGAGAAUAAGAAGAAUGACGAUGAGUCACCGUCAAAAAAAUGGGUUGAUUUAGUGGCAGAUGAAAAUCACACUAGAGGAUUACAAAUAAGUCAAACAGUUGGAAAGACUCUAUUUUGUUCGCCAUUUGUUCGAUCAAUUACGUUUGCUAUGUUCAAUUGUUUACUCAAUGAUCAAUUCGCACCUUUUGAAAAUGAGGCAUCCGUGAGAGAUUUUCUACUACGUCUUAUUGAUACGCACGUGACUCGUAAUGAUCCGGAAUAUAACAAAGCAUGUGAACUGGUGAACGAAUUUGCUCAAACAAAACGAAUUGAGCCAUUGUUACGUCUUUACACACUUGAAACGCCCUUGUAUCGUCAAUUACACUACGAAUCACAUGCAUGGCUUCUUCCACUUAUUUGUCACUUUAACAAUCUAAAACCACGAUUCUUUCAAGGGACAUCCUGUCGUGGUUUAUCGAUGAAAUCGCAAGAAUUGCGAGCCUAUCGAUUGGCAUGUGGAAAAUCAUCGUGCAUCAUUCGAACAAACACAUUUUGUUCAACAUCCAGUGAUCGUCAUGUUGCUGAAGAAUUUUCAAAUGAGUGCUCCAAUAGUGACCUGAUCCAUGUUCUGAUGAUAUUUGAAUUUCUCCAUCUUUUCCCGCUUUUAUUGUGUAAUGCAAGCACUUUUGUGAAUACGGAUGCCAUUGAAAGGCAAAUAAAGCACACAUUCAGAAAUAAGUUUAGUGAAUUGUUCGGUUAG